AUGGCGACUGCUGGACGGAUUGCUGUGGCUGUUGUCGCCCGCCUUGGCCUCACCUGGCUGUUGCUGCUGCUGCUGGCCUGGACCCCCUGUCGCGGUACAGAGACUUGGCAAAAGCUACCAGCACUCGAAACAUUUUCCACCUAUGAAGACAUGCAGCGCUAUUUCGAUCAAAGAAAUUUCCGCAGCAUGCGGCACAUCGACAAUCCAACGGAUGAUAGCUACUUAGACGCCUUUAAUCACUAUAAUUCGCAGUUGGAAGCUUCUGGGCAGUUGUCGCAUUCGCGGCAAAAACGCGAGCAGCAAGAACUCCCGAGCAAGCCUCGUAUGUUGCGCUUUGAGCUAUCGGAUGCUGUGGAGCCCAGCGAGGAGGUGAAACAACUGCUUCGGCAGCAUGCAAGUCGAGAGAUAAAAGCGCAGCCAGCAGCAACAACAGCUGCUAAAACAACUACUACGACGCAACCAACAAUCAGAAGGACAACAGCCAUGGGGAAGAGGAAACCUCGUCGGCAGCGACGUGAAGCCGCCAAGGUUCUGCGUCAGCCUGCAAAUUUCAAGGUUCAAAUGAUUCCAUUCGAGGCGACGGAUGCACGCGAACCAGAUGCGGAGACAGCGCAGCUAAUAAAACGAGCUCGUGCCUUGGACCUCCCGUCACAUGGGCAGGGAGAAUCGCAACGCGUGCAGCCCUCUGAGCACUCUCAACGACCCUUCAAGCUGCGCAUCCGUAAAACCAAACGCAUCAAGAGAUCUGCCCCACCUUCAAUGCCCAAUGCGCCUGAGUUUUUCAAAUUUGAACUAGCAGACGCUAAAGCACCUCCAACAACGCUAAUGAUGCAGCGCAGUGGCAAGGAAAUGAAACCGACUCUGCUGACCAUGGAAACGCAAACUUUGAACCGGACUCUCCCUACCAUGUCAGCUCAGACAAGCACGUCGCCCAGCACGUCGGCACAACGUCUAGACGACAAUCUGGUGGUGGACGGCGAAGCCACUGCAGAGACGAAACGGAUGUACAUCUAUAAGGAAGCACCACAGACACACAUGAAGACGAAAAAGUCAAUAAGCACUUUGCCACACGAAGUGCAGAAGGUCAUUACGCAGCUGAUUAAGGAUGGACAUGGAGGAAAGGCGUACAUCAAGUACAUGCCUGCCCAGAAAGCCGACUACGAGCACUUCAAGUCCAAGCCGCUCUCGUACAAUCUCAAGCCCAGUGCCUUUGUCAAGUAUGUGCCGGCCAAGCUGCCGGAGCCAGUGCAUCCUGUUCAGGUGCACAUACAACCUGUGCCAGUGGUCGAACAACUGCGAUACGUCUACAAGCCGAGCUAUGCCAAGUUGUACAGUGCCUCGCCAACCAUUGCACAACCCAUUGUGGUUCAGGACACACCAGCGACCAAACUGGCCGCCGUCGAAGAGGUUCACCACACAUACAGCGCGCAGCUAUCGGCACCGCAACCACCAGCUCCCCCACCUCCAACCACCGCUGACAUUGCAGCGCCACAAUUUCGCGCUUCAAAGCCAGAUCCGCUGCAGGAACAUGUGGAGCCCACCGUCUCCUAUCUACAAGUACAUUCCAGCCACGGCAGUGCUCAUAUCAAGCCGCUUGAGCACUACCAGUACGAGAUCCACCCAGAACCACAGCCAAGUAGUGCUCCUCAAAUCAAAAUUGAGUACCAUGCGCCGCCAGAUCACAUCAAGGAGCACUACAAGGAGCUGCCCGAAUUUCGCGAGCUGUCCACGCUCAUUGGGAAAUCGCCCGACGACCAAAUACAUGGCCUAACAUACCUGCUGGCCAAAGAGAUGCAAGCAAAACUGCAGCGACAGGGCAAGCUUCUGGACUCGGACCGACCGCAAGACAGCACAUCACCCAUACUCUUUCAUCCCGGACCCGUGCAGCCCCAGCUUCCCACGCCCAGUCUCAAGGCGCUGGUGGAGCACGGCUCGCUAGGCGUACAGCCCGGCCGCCUCAUAGGCAUGGGGAAGACUAAGCAAUAUGUGCCCAUCAUCGAGCCGGGCAACAACGAUAUAAAGCAAGUACUGCCAGCGCCCACAGCACCCGCUCCGGCCCCUGCAGCUGAAACCAAAUUGGCAACGCCCACCUCCUUCAUUAAGUUUGCGCCCGGUCAUGGGCUUUCACACGGCUACGAAGGCAUUAGCGAUGAGCAGCCAUUAACCACAUUAGAGCAUGUGGUGCAACAUCCAGCGGUGGCACAACAUGGACUCCUGGGUUCCGCUUUGCCAGCCGAAUUGGAGAAUGAGAAGACUGCAAAUGGUCUGCACUUCGCCAACAGCGAUCAACACAAGACGCUACAUCAGUACGCCUCAAAGUAUGCAUUCGGUUAUCGAAUACGUGAUUUUCAUACCGGCAACGACUUUGGCCACAAGCAGAAUCGUGAUUUGCAUGGCGUGACACGCGGUCAAUAUCAUAUUUUAUUGCCAGAUGGACGCAUCCAGAAUGUCAUUUAUCAUGCGGACGAUACGGGCUUCCAUGCGGAUGUUAGCUUUGAGAGCGGCACGGCGAGGCAUUGA